AAUAGCAUGUUUGAGAUUAUCUUUAUAUUAGCAUGAGAGAAAAGCUUGAUGGUUUCUAUGAUUCCAAAAUCCUUAAUCCCAAAUCUCUGAAACCCUAAGCGCAAAACCUAAUCAAGGAUCGAGAUCGCAGCGAGGGUAAGCGAUUCUAAGGGAGGAAUCGAAGUAGAGUUGCGGAGAUUGAUGGAGAGGCGGCAGAGAUCGGUCGGAUCCACUGGGAUCUGUCUGAUUUUAGGGCUUCUUCUUGCCAGUUUUCUCCGGCCACUGUCGGCUAUUUCGGUUACCGUGACCGAUGUGGAGUGUGUCUCGGAAUACGUUCUUUAUGAAGGAGAUCGGAUUUCUGGUAAUUUUGUGGUUGUGGAUCAUGAUAUUUUCUGGAGCUCGGAUCAUCCUGGCAUUGAUUUCACCGUGACAUCACCAGGAGGCAAUAUUGUACACUCAACCAAAGGAACUUCUGGUGACAAAUUUGAUUUCAAAGCUCCAAGAAGUGGAAUGUACAAGUUCUGCUUUCGCAACCCGUAUUCAACACCAGAGUCUGUAUCUUUCCACAUACAUGUUGGACACAUUCCAAAUGAACAUGACCUUGCUAAAGAUGAACAUUUGAACCCAAUAAACAUAAAGAUUGCAGAGCUUAGGGAAGCCUUGGAGUCUGUAACUUCUGAGCAGAAGUACUUGAAAGCUCGUGAGGCUCGGCAUCGCCAUACUAAUGAGAGCACGAGAAGGCGACUCAUCUUUUACACAUUGGCAGAGUACCUCGCGCUAAUUUGUGCUAGCACGCUGCAGGUGGUUUAUAUCCGUCGCCUUUUUAGCAAGAACAUCGGAUACAACAGGGUUUAGUUCUCUAAUAUCAUUAACUAUCACAUUUAAGACUGUAGUUCAUAAUAUUUAUUUUGGUGAAACAACUUUUUUUC